CCACAAAAAAGACGGCGUUGGGACUUGUACACAUUUCACUCUCGCCAGAUUAGAAGAAGCUGGAGGAGUUUCUCUCUCCUCUUUCUCUCUCUAUACGAAUUAGAAUUUUCAGUUGCUCUUUUCAUUUACCAAACCCUAACCUUAACCCCCGCCCAUGGCGUACAUCCCCAAACCUUCGGACCACAACCAAGAUGAUCACGACCACAAUCGUCGGCUCUACAAUCCUUACCAGGAUCUCCAAGUCCCGAUCCAAACCCUAUACAAGCUUCCCACCUCACCGGAGUUCCUCUUCCAGGAGGAGUCCAUCGCUCAACGCCGUUCCUGGGGCGAGAAUCUCACCUACUACACCGGCAUCGGGUACCUCGCCGGAGCUGGAACCGGCGCCGGAAAGGGCUUCAUCGAUGGCGUCAGGGCGUUCGAGUCCGGCGACUCGAUGAAGCUUCGGGUGAACCGGAUCCUGAACGGAUCGGGACAGACGGGCCGGCAGUUCGGUAACCGGGCGGGGGUUCUCGGGUUGUUGUUCGCUGGGAUGGAGAGUGGAUUGGUGGCGGUGAGGGACACGGACGACGUGGUGAACAGCGUGGUUGCGGGACUGGGGACUGGGGCGCUGUAUAAGGCGGCGGCGGGGCCAAGAUCAGCGGCGGUGGCAGGUGCAAUCGGCGGAAUGGUGGUUGGGAUUGCAGUGGCAGGGAAGCAGGCAUUGAAGAGAUACGUGCCGAUAUGAGGGUAUUUUGGUUUGAAGAUAUUUUUUCAUUUAGUGGAAUUAUUUUGCGUUUUAGAAGAGCUAGGUGUGGUUCUCCUUACCUCAUGGUACACAAUGAACAGUAACCCGAUCUCUAGAACAUGGCGUAUCAUCCAAAACUUCUGAUCACAACAAAGAUGAUCAUGACAACAAUCAUCAACUCCACAACCCAUACCAAGAUCUGAAAGUUUCAAUCCAAACCCUGUACAAGCUCCCCACAUCAUUGAAGUUCCUCUUCCUCUCGCUCAAAGCUACACUGGCAUUGGUUACCUCGCCGGAGCAGUUGCUAGCACCAGCCCCGGAUAUCCUCGUAUGAUGUGAUUCUCUUGGGAUGGCCAAUUUGUGCUUCCUCGCUAUCAAAUUAAAGAGAUGUUCAUGUCAAACUGAUGACUAUAUACCUGACUAAAUGCGAGCAACUUAUUACUGAUGAUUGCAAAAAUUAUUGAAGAAGCCAGUGAAAAGCUGCAUUGAUGGGGGAAUGAAGAAGCCAGCAACUCAUGUCCCUCGAUAAGCUAUGAUCGGUGCUCAAUUCAUAGAAAAUUCUGACUCUUGUUGUGAUUGUUUCGACAGUGUCAAGGGUAAAAUAGAUAGGAAACUGGAGGAUGAGAUAAACCCCAAGGACUCAUUCAACGGUAUAUAGUCUUUAUUUCUCUUUUCGCUCUCUAUGAAAUGCAUUUUUUAUGAGAUUUUUAAAAUUAAAUUUCAUAUUGAAAAUGUCAUGCAUAUGCAUAGGUGAUGCUGUGCAUAGUGCAGUUGCUCUAAAGUAGUGUUGGUUUUACUAGAAUGAGAGUCUUGUUGAUAGAUCGAUCGUAUAUAAACAUAUGUGUAUAAACAUGUCGGAUAGGCCUAAUAACAGCUCGCCCACUGCGAACAGUGCUGAUGUGAUCAACUUAGUGAUUCAGUCACAAAAACGUUUCUCAUAUGACAUGUUUUGAUUGAAUUCCUCCUCUGUUCUUUGUGGAAGUCGGUGUUAUAUAGAUGUAAACAUUAAUAUUCUGUAAGGGAAUGUUCAGUGUUUCCGAUUGGCAUUC